CCGGGUAGCAGCACUGCGGGUCGGGGCGCGGGCCCGGACCCAGGCUCAGGCUUGCUGCACCCCGGAAACUCCGGCGCCCGGGAAAGUCUCCGGCCUGGUCGCAGAUCCCGGGCUUUAGUCUCCGGACACGUCCUCCGCCCUGGAUGGCGGGAGCCCAGAUGUCGAUGAGGCCCCCUCAGCCUACCCGGCUUCCCCCUCCUGGAUGCUUAGGAGAGCCCUGUGCGGGCCCAGAGUUCCGUCCAGGGAACUCCCUAGAGAGGAGCUAACUGCUGAUUUUGAGUAUCCCCGGGGCGAGGGCAGGGCCGAUGGAGGACCCGCCGGCCCGUGUGCUGUUCUGGCAGAGUUCUGCCGCACCCCACUCCCAGGGGCCGGAGGCGGGGCCCCAGACAAAGCCCUGUGGUGCCAGUGCUGCCCUCCGACCCAGAGCCAGAACAAAGGGGCUCUGUUUAGGCCCAGGCCCUCCCCAGGGGCCGCCGCCGCCGCGUGGAGGGAGUAAAGACCUUGUUGUCCUGUGGGAGGGGAGCCUUUCUGCCUGUUACUUCCGCAGGGUAGAGGCCGGGCUCGGGUGAAAGGAAGCGCUUUGGGGUCACAGGGCGGCCAAGGGAAGGCGAGCUGCUCUGACCUUUCUCCCGACAGGGAAGGUGCUGGGCUGCGCUCUCGGAACGCAGGGCCAGAAAAGGGCAUGUCCCAUCUCCCAGGACAGCUGACACCGGAGGAAACAUGGGGAACCGCAGGCCCCACACCCUGCCUUCCCCGCACUCCCCCUCCUCAGCCCUUCAGGAGUGAGAGUGUUUGGCUGUGGGUGGGGCAGGACGGGUGCAGGUAGCCUGGGCCCCCAGGGACGGGCUGUUUGGAUGUGCACCCCAUACUGGAGGCUGCCUGUGUCCCCGUCUCAUCAGAUGAGUGACAGGAGGCUCCGGAGGCUGUGUCCAGGCUGUGUGCUGUUGUAGGUCCGCAGAUCUGCUGGAUGUGAACCGCAGUCAUGGCCCAGCCACUGGCCUUAGUUCUUGAUGUGCCCGAGGCCCCAGGGGACCAGGACCAGGAGCUCAGCCCCUAUGAGGAGAGUGAGGUGCACGACUCGUUCCACCAACUCAUUCAGGAGCAGAGCCGGUGGGUGGCCGAAGAGGGCCUGGAGCUGCAGCAGGUGGCAGGAAACCUGGGGGCCCCAGCCAGCGGUCACCAGAUCCUCCUGGGGCCCAAGGGUGGCCCUGUCUACAGCACGGCCACUCUCAAAAUCCUGGCCAGCAUGCCCAGUCGCACCAUUGGCCGCAGCCGAGGGGCCAUAAUCUCGCAGUACUACAACCGCACUGUCCGCCUGCGGCGGCGCAGAAACAGCCGGCCGGUCCUUGGGCAGGUGCUGUGCUCGGCCCGGCCCAGCCUCCGCCUCUACGACCUGGAGCUGGACUCUGUGGCACUGGAGGAGGAAGAGAAGCGGAGCCUCCUGGUGAAGGAGCUUCAGGGCCUGCCAGUGGCUCAGCGGGACCAUAUGCUCCAGGCGAUGCCCUUGAGCCUGCAGGAGAAGCGCUUCCUGCGGGAGAAGAGCCGGACCCCGCGGGGGAAGCGGAGGGGCCGCCAGGACCAUGGUGGGGUCUUCUGCUGCACCCAGCUCCGAUACACCUGUGCCCUGGCCCUGCACAGCCUGGGGCUGGCGCUGUUCACCGGCCUGCAUGCCUUGAGGCCCUGGCGCUAUGCCCUGAAGCAGAUCGGAGGCCAGUUUGGCUCCAGCGUGCUGUCCUACUUCCUCUUCCUCAAGACCCUGCUGGCCCUCAAUGCGCUGCUGCUGCUGCCGCUGGUGGCCUUCCUGGUGGCCGUGCAGGCUGCCUUCCCGCCUGAGGCGCGCCCUGUCCCCACCUGCACAGGGCUGGAGCUCCUCACAGGCGGGGGCUGCUUCACACACAGCGUCCUGUAUUACGGCUACUACAGUAACAGCACGCUGAGCGCACCGUGCGGCCGCCCACAGUGUGGGCCCGGGGCGGGCAGCCCGCCCUACAGCAUGCCCCUGGCCUACCUCUUCACCGUGGGUGCGGCCUUCUUCGUCACCUGCGUCACCCUGGUGUACAGCAUGUCCCACUCUUUCGGGGAGAGCUACCGGGUGGGCAGCACCAAGGGUAUCCACGCCAUCACGGCCUUUUGCUCCUGGGACUACAAGGUGACCCAGAAUUGGGCCUCCCGCCUCCAGAGGGACAACAUCUGCACCCAGCUGAAGGAGCUGCUGGCCGAGUGGCAGCUGCGCAGGGAUUCCCAGAGCGCAUGCAGGCGGCUGUGGCGGGUGGCCGUGCUGGUGCUGGUGUCGCUGAUCCAGGCUCGGGGAAGGCUGAGUCUUGGGGAGCAAGGUGUGUGUCGCCUGCCUCCCUGCCAUCCCCGGGAUCCUCCCUGGGGUCCCUGUGCCCCUCCGGGGUGGGCUGCCCUCGCUGACCCACAGCCCUACCCACUCCCGCAGAGCCCCGAGCCUGCCGGCCAGGAGGCGGGGCUGCUGGUGCUGCCCCUGGUUGUCUGCCUCCUCAACCUGGGCGCCCCCUACCUCUUCCGCGGCCUGGCCACCCUGGAGCAGCAGGACUCCCCGGUGCUGGAGGUGUAUGUGGCGAUCGGCAGGAACCUCGUCCUCAAGACGGCCAUCCUGGGCGUGCUCUGCUACCACUGGCUGGGCCGCAGGGUGGCCACCCUGCAGGGCCGGUGCUGGGAGGACUUUGUGGGUCAGGAGCUGUACCGGUUCAUGGUGAUGGACUUCCUCUUCGCACUCCUUGACUCACUCUUUGGGGAGCUCGUGUGGAGGCUCGUCUCGGAGAGGAGACUCAGGGGUAAGCCCGAGUUUGACAUCGCGCGGAACGUGCUGGACCUCAUUUAUGGGCAGACUCUUACCUGGCUGGGCGUCCUCUUCUCACCCCUGCUGCCUGCCGUGCAGAUCCUCAGGCUGCUGAUCCUCUUUCAGGUCAAGAAGGUGAGCCUGAUGGCCAACUGCCAGGCACCGCGCAGGCCUUGGCUGGCGUCGCACAUGAGCACCGUCUUCCUCACGCUGCUGUGCUUCCCGUCCUUCCUGGGUGCCGCCGUUUUCCUGUGCUAUGCGGUGUGGCAGGUGAAGCCCUCGGACACCUGCGGCCCAUUCCGGACCCUGGACACCAUGUACGAGGCGGGCACCCUGUGGGUGCGGCACCUGGAGCAGGUGGGCCCUGGGGCCUCGUGGCUGUCCUGGCUGCACCGGUACCUGGUGGAGAACACCUUCUUCCUCUUCCUGGCGUCGGCCCUGCUGCUGGCCGUCAUCUACCUCAACAUCCAGGUGGUAAAAGGCCAGCGGAAGGUCAUCCGUCUCCUCAAGGAGCAGAUCCGCAAUGAAGGGGAGGACAAAAUCUUCUUGAUCAACAGGCUUCACUCCGUCUGUGAGAGGAAAGAGAGGAGCAGGGCUCGUAGAUCUGCGGAGGCUGUGACAUCUGCCUUGCUCAUAGAUGCGGCUGGGGACAAAUGAUGGGACAGCAAGGAGCCAUCUAGCUCCCCUGGGACCCCCUGGUGCCAUGGCCCUGCAAGCAGAGAUGUGGAGCUGAGGCCCUGAAGGACACCAGGACGGUGCAGUGACCGCUUUCCUUUCUGCAGGCUGCAGGCGGGUCAAGAUGGAGCUGGAAGAGUGGGCAAGUGGGCUUGGGUUCCUCACGGGUCCUGCCCUGUCCGGGACUUUUAUUUAUUCCAAUUAAAUGGAUUUUGCAAAAUGGGCUUAUCUUUUGGAAGGCUGGGCUUGCCCACAGUGCCUCUCACCCCCAUGGGAACCGCGGCCAGGAGUGAGCCCCUAGGCAGGCCAGAGGGGUAGGAGCUGGCUGGCACAGGGAGUCAAGGACUCGGGUUGACGUGAAGCUUGAGAGAUGCUGGCCAGCAGAGGGCCUGGAGGUGGGCAGAGCUUGGUAAGAUGCCCAGGGGUCCAGCCUGGCAGGCUGAGCUUGAGCCUGUGAGAUGUGCUGAACUAGAGGCCGCAGGAAGAGGGCACAGUGAGGAGUGGAGAGGGAGGGGGUAGGUCCCACCAUUCACCCCCUUAGGUGUCCCCUGCUGGGUGUGCUCCCCGAUGCCAUCCCUGGCCAAGGAUAGUCCCGGGGGGGUGGGUGGGACACCUAGAGGUAGACGCCAUUGGCUGACAUGAGCCCUGGUGCUCAUGGGUGUGCGCUCGGCUCUCACGGGUCUCCUGUUGGCAGCGGAGGGCUUUCCUGGCCCAGCAUGGCUGAUCCGGCUAGGGGUGCUCGGGACCUCUGCAGGCCGCUCGUGCUGAUGCCGGCACCACUGCUGCUGGGUGAAGCCGGGUGGGCAGUCCAGAAAGUGAGUGGAUGACCUGGGGGUGGAUAUCCAAGGGUCACUGCUGCUGUUGUCAGUCUUGGAUUCCAUCGCCUGCCCCGACUCCAUGUGACCAGGACAGACGCAGAACCCUCCUAGGAAGAUGGGCCGCGCUGUAGCUCCCAGCGAGGUCACCUCCCAGGAAUCUGGCGUUGCUGUGAAGGGCAGUGCAGAGCUUUCAUUCACACCUACAUUAGCGGGCAGUGGAGGGGAGGAUCCUGAUGAUGGGGGUCCCUCAUCUAUCAGUGCAAGGCCUCAGGAACAGCUGAGGUUCCCUGGAGCCACUCCUGAGUCCAGUCAGCCCCGUGUGUUUUAAACUUGCUGACUCCCAGUGGAUUCAGAGUGUGGCCCCAAGAUCCUCUUGCUAGAAGAUUGGCCUGUGUCUCCUCCAGCCCGUGUGGUGCUGGGACUGUGGGCCUGGACUCUCUGGAUGGCUCUGGGCGUGCUCUGUGACCCAACUCUGAUCCCUCACCUCAUGUGGCCACUGCUGCACACAACACAGCUCCUGUAAGCACCUCGCAGCACUAUGCCCGCAGAGGUUCCUGUUUUAUGGUGCCGGUGGAACCCAGUGCCUUUUGCACACUAGGCAAGCACUUGGGACACUGAGCUACACACCCAGCCCCUGCACUUCAAGUUUCGCAAAAACAAAAAAAGAAUACUACUUGUAAGUGCCAAGAGAGAUGAACUCAAGCCCUGGAGACCGCAUGCUGCUGCCCUGGUGGCUGGGAAGCUGACGGUGCUACACAUUUCAGGCUAAAUGGCAAAGGCUCUGCUGUGCCGCUGUUCACAGUGGAACCCAGGAGGAGGCUUAAAAACUGGUGCCUGGGGCACCCGUGAGACAGUGAGGUGUACAGGUGCCUACGGGAAGCUCUGCUCUAAGCACCAGUCACAAAUGCAGCCCUCUAGCCCGAGGCUGCCCACGUAGGGUGCCUGGAAAUGUGCUUCUGGCUUCCCUGCAGGUGUAGAGCUGGGCUCGCUGGCCAGGCAUGUUCUGGGCGUGGCAGCAACUCUGCCAGGAAACAGUAAUGUGCACAGCUGGGAACUGUUUCCACCAUGGUCCUGUGCUGACUUCCUCGGUCCAUCCAAAGCUGGACUGGCCUGACCCCCCUUCUUCCAGCCUCGCCUCUGCACAUCCUGCCGACACUGCCGAGCACCCUACGGGAAGAGGAGCCAGUGUAGUCUGUGCCCCUGGACCCUUGCCCACUCCAAGCGCAGAUUAGAGCCCUGCCAACAGUCUGCAUGGAGCCGAGUCGUGCUCUCAGGGUCGUGGCCGUCUCCGUGCCUUAGUGCACCCUGCCGUUCCCAUCUGAGUGUCAUUCUUCUCGUGUCAUGGCCUCUUCAGCGCAUUCCUUCUCCACUUUGAGAGGUGGGUGAGAGCCCGCAGCUGGAUGCCUGCCCGCGGGGCUGGCCUCUUCUGCACAGGGUGCUCCUGUCCAAGAGGUCCGUUGUCCCCAGAUGCUCUAGAGUACCAAUGAAGUGGAAGCCCUGAUGUGGGACACGUUCAAGAUCCUGGCGCCUGUUCUGGGGAUAGACCUGGGGACAAAGCAGUGUUCUUCCCGUUUCUCAUUGCCACCCAGAGUUCUGCAGUGAGACACUUGCUGCUGCUUCUCGCACUGGAAGUUCCACUGUGCUGGUGUAAAGAGGUUUGGCAGAAGUUAGCCGAGGUGAUUCCAUAAAAAGGCAAAUUAGCUAGGAAUCCAGGUGUGGUGGUGCACAGUUGUAAUCCCAGCAUUCUGGGAGGCUGAGGCACGAAGUUUGCCAG